AUGGCCGAGCCCGCUGUCGACCAGGUCCAGCACGAGGUCGAGCCCACCGACCAUGCAAAUGGCUCUGCUCAGACCGUCGAGGUCGCCGUGAAGGACGCGGCGACCACCACGACCCCCGCCGAUGCCGCCAAAGCAGCCUGUAAGAAGCACCCGGACACCAAAUCAGACACCCAAAAACGGAAGAAACGCACCAAGAAGAAGCAGGAAGAGACCGAGUCCUCCUCGUCGUCCUCCUCAUCUGCCACCAGCUCAUCCUCCAGCUCCUCCGACAAUUCGGACUCCGAGGGUGCCGACUCUGAAUCGGACGCUAGCUCGUCCGGCGAGAUCGAUCGGCGUAAACGCAAUCGAGUGCGCGCCAAGGCUCGCGCCAAACGAGCAUUGAAGGACAAGAAGCGUAAGAAGAAGAAGCGCAAUGCUCGCUCUGCUCGAAAGGGCUCGACCGACUCCGAGUCGGAGACAUCUGAUGAUUCGGAGACCGACGACGAUUCUUCAGGUGCCUCCGACGACUCGCUUGAUGAAAAGGCCCUCCGCAAGUUGGUGACGCGCCUCAAGCUGAAGCGUCAGGCCAAGAAACUCCGGGACCAGACCAACGAUGAUCUCGGUAUCAACGACUCACUGGGGGAUGGCAGCCGGACAAAGCGAUCCAAGAAGAAGAAACCCGCAUCCAAGGUUGCCUUUAAGAGAGUCGAUCAACUGUGGGACACCACAAUCCACAAGUACAAACUGACCGAGACGGUGGACGACCCCGAUGCCGACGAGUGGGACCAGUACAUCUUCACCGUACGCCGCAAGUUCAACUGGGAAAACAAAUACCUGGAAACCGUCGUCGAUAUCAAGAGCAAGCACCUGCGGGAUGCCCUGGCCAAGGUCAUGGAUGGGGUCAAGGGCGUCAGUCUGGUCCAGGAGAAUGCCGUGGUGGAUCCCAACAUGCUCUUCCUCUAUCUCGAGGAAACUCGACAAUACAUGAAGGAUCUGAAGCGACAGUCUCGCCGGGAGAAGAAAAAGAAGGCCCGCAAGAGUGCAGCAACCAAAGCCGCUCAUCUCAAAGUCCUGAUCAAGUAUCUGGACACGGACUAUGCGGACACCAAAAAGACGCUGUACCCUUUGCUCGAAGCCAACACCAUCACAUUUGACCUGCUGUGGGCGCUAUUCAAGCCCAACACCAUCGCUUAUUGUCCCACCUAUGGCAACGCUGAUGAGCCCCGUGCGUUCAAGAUCGAAUACGCCAUCAAGGAGUCGUCCUUCAUGAAGGGUCAGUGGUACAGCGUUGAGGGCCGAUACCUCGAGUACGACGGCAAGGACUUUGGGUUUGGCACCAUGUCGGCCGAGGUGGAAUCGUUCAAGGGCGCCCGCAAGAUCACCAGCCUGGCCUGCUACCCCCUGCAAUAUCACCGGGACUCCGAGGCCCUCCGAGCCCGGUUGAUCGAGCGUGGCAAGCGGUUCGUCGCGCUGCGUGGCAUGAACUACCGCUUCCACAAGGGCAUGGCGUUUUACAAGAAGAAACGAUCCUUUGUGAUCAAGGUCAACAUCAAUGGUCGUGUCAUGAUCGACCCGGCCAUUCACCGUCGCAUCAAUCCUAACUAUCCCAUCAGCACCGUCCGGCCUAAGGAUCCGGAUCUGCUCGACCCAUCAGAAGCAGGGAUGAGUGAUGUGGAAGAGGAAGCAAGCGACGGUUGCUGCUGCGGAGGCUCCGAGUCAGAUUCGGAGAAUGGAGGCUGCUCGGAUACUCCACGAACCGUGUACAAGGUAGUCGAGGGGGAUGACGGCAAUCCGCGCGUCGUGGAGGUGGAAGUGGAUGAGAACGGACAGGAGAUCACCAAGGAGAAAAUGGACCGCAUUGAAGGAGACGCCGCAAACCCCCAGGAGCGAGAGUUUACCGAGGAGGAGCUACUCAUCGCCAGUCCCGUCGUCCUGGGCUUUGCUUUCAGUGAAAAGCUGUGGCUAGAGUUUACCAUCUCGGGCAUCAGUGAUAUUGAAUGGGAUGUCGACGCCUUCGACUCGCUCGUCCUGCCGAGCAACCAAAAGUCCAUCGUUAAGGCCCUUGUCGAAUCACACACUUUCCACGCUGCCGAGAACAUUGACGAUGUUAUUCAAGGCAAGGGCAAGGGCUUGGUGGCCGUACUUCAUGGUCCACCAGGCACAGGAAAGACGCUCACAGCCGAGGGCAUUGCCGAGCUUCUUCGUCGACCUCUCUAUAUGGUGAGCGCCGGCGAGUUAGGAACCGAUUCCCGCACGCUGGAAGGAGAGCUCAACAAGAUCCUGGACAUCGCCCACUCCUGGGGCGCUGUGCUCCUUCUCGACGAAGCCGAUAUUUUCCUGGAGAAGCGCACCAUUCACGACAUCCACCGCAAUGCACUAGUCAGCAUCUUCCUGCGCCUGCUAGAAUACUUCCAAGGCAUUCUCUUCCUCACAACGAACCGCGUGGAAACCUUCGACGACGCGUUCCAGUCGCGUAUCCACGUUGCCCUGCGCUACGGCGAUCUCGCCUCCAAGGCUAAGCGCAGUAUCUGGAAGAUGUUCCUGGAGCGUGUGCGGGCCAUUGAGGGAGUCAAGGUGGCGACAUUCACAGAGGAUGAUUAUGAUAUGUUGUCGCGGCAUACAUUGAACGGACGACAGUGCAAUCAGAUCAAAAACUCCGUCCGCACCGCCCAGGCCCUCGCUGUCAACGAAAGCUCGCCUCUCUCGAUGGAUCACAUCAAGCGAGUGCUCGAAGUCGCCGAGACAUUUGACCAGGACCUUCGCGGUGGAACGGGAUAUCUCGAUGCGAUGCGCAGCUACACCUAG